AUGACCCACGUCCUCUGUGAGAGAGGAACACGUGCAGGUCAGCAUCCUAGGGCCCGAUCUAGUCUGAUUCCCAACCCAAUUGCCAUCCAUCCAAUUGUCACAAGUCAGCUUCUCGGCACCAUCGGGCGGCACUCUGGUCGUCUGACUUGGCAGACGGCUUCGUCGGAAACCAUGAGAGUGCCGUUGGAUAAGCUGCCACAUGCUCUGCCUCAUUCACAGCCAACGGGAACAGAUCUCGAGGAUAGCGUCGGUAGCACUGCAGGCGAUGAUGUAGCCGAAUUGAAGUUUGACGGCUUGACGGAGACGCGCGGCCCCGUUGACCUCGUAGUAAGAGGUCGCAUUCCAGCUUGGGCAGCGGGGUCUCUUUAUCGGACAGGCCCCGGUGCUUGUAAAGUCGAAGACACCAAAUCCGGAACGCUUCACAUAUCGCACUGGUUCGACGGUCUCGCCCACACGCACAGGUUCGACAUUGUCGAGGAUGAGUCCGUCGCGGGCGGGAUCCGCGUCCAGUAUUCGUCGCGACGUCAGUCCGAAGCCCUGGAGAAGGACAUCAGAGAUUCUGGAGCCUACCGGUCUCUGUCAUUUGGCCAACGAAGUGACCCUUGUAUGGGUAUGUUCGGAAAGCUCAUGUCUGUGUUUCGUCGCAUGAAGAUCGAACGCUCCACGGAUCUCGACAAUGUUGGCGUAACCGUCAACGCAGACAUCCCUGGCCUUCGAAGUCUAGCCCAGGGCCACAAAGAUAGUGGCCACGCCACCCUUCCAGGUAACGUCUUCAUCGGUACCGAUGCCGCUGUGUUUGCUGAGAUCGACCCCAAGACGAUGGAGCGACUUGGCGUCAUUAGCCACCAGAAGCUUCAUACACAACUGCGCGGACCAGAAGCGCCGGCUCAUGGCCACCGCGAUCCCGAGACGGGUGACUACAUCAGCUUCAACGCUGACUUUGGCCGCAAAGGCGUGUACCGUGUCUUCCUCUCUAGCGCAGAAACCGGCAAGACCACAAUCUUGGCUUCUUUCAACGGUACUCCUGCCUACAUCCACAGCUUCUUUUUGACGCGCAACUAUGCCAUCAUCUGUGUGCCUUCGUCACAUCUGAAGCUUGGGGGCGCAAAGGUCCUCUGGGAAGGUAGUAUCGUGGAGGCGCUCCAGCCGUUCGACAACUCACUAGAGUGUCACUGGUAUGUCGUCGACAGGCGCCUUGGCAAAGGGCUCGUGGGCGAAUUCGCCUCCCCAGCCGGGUUCUUUUUCCACUCGACCAAUUCGUUUGAGGACGAUGAGGGGAAUAUUAUAUGCGAGUUGGUCGCGUACCCGAGCACGAUGCUGAUCCAUCGUCUCUACUACGACAUUCUUCUCAACAGGGAUGGCAAGGGCGAGCAGUUUCUCUACGACAGCAAACGACUCGUGGAGACCUUCCCAGGCCUAGUGAGAUACAAAUUUCUGAAGACAGACCUCGUCUCACCAGGAAGCAAGGUCAAGGCACCGCUCCCGUCGCCGUCGAAGGAGUGGGAGAUUCCGGCGCCUCACGUCGGCGAGCUGCCAACAAUCAACCCCGCGUAUGCCUGUCGGCGGCACCGCUUCGUCUACAGCCUCAUUGAUCGUGGGUACAGCACUCUCUACGACGGUAUUGCCAAGACGGACACGCAGACGCGGGAGGUUCUGGUAUGGAGCGGACCGACAGGCCACACACCUGGGGAGGCAAUUUUCGUGCCUCGACCGAGCACCGUUGACAAACCUUCGCGGGAGGACGACGGGGUGCUUCUAAGUGUGGUACUUGACGGGCAUAACCGGACGAGCUAUUUGGUUUGCCUCGAUGCGCGGACAAUGGAGGAGCUAGGGCAGGCAGAUUGCAAUUUCGCGGUUGGCUUUGGUUUUCACGGGCAGCAUGUCAACGGGAUCUAG